GCCCACAAAGGGAGCUACAUGAUUCAUGAAAAUGCAAGUAAUAAGCGGGCAAAAGAAGAUGUGGUAAGCAUGGGACGUGCAGCUGCAGUGGCAUCCUGGACGGAGGUACAACCGACAACUGGAGCACCGCUUACUCCGCCGAAAGACAUUGAUGUGGUGAACAUUUUUAGAAACAUAUCGGUGCUGCCAGAAAUCGAAAGGCAUAUUCAGCUGCUGUAUCGGCCCUUCACUUGUUUCGUCAGCACGAAGUGUGUGUUCAACCUCUACGAUUUGGGCUUUUUCGUAGGGAAUGCCACGUAUGAGCCGGACAAGCAAUCGGCCCUGUUCGUUCAACAAGUUAAGCCGGUGUGCACCUUGAAGAUCUACACGAAUGGGAGUAUCUGCUGCAAGGGCUAUAGCCAUGAAGGCACACGAGUCGGGCUUUUACAAUUCGAAGCAGUUCUGGAGCAGGCAGGCUACAGACCGGCGGUUUCCCGUUUCAGGUAUAAUGUUGUAAACGCAACAUUUUGUGUGCCGUUUCAACUGAAUCUGGAGUGGAUGAUUCUAUCGUCUCAUCACAGUGUCGUGCACGACAAUAGCCAACCGUUUAUCUUCCACCCAAUGCCCAAAACCAAAAUCAAAUUUGCCAUUUUCCCAACGGGCUUUGUGUACGUGCUGGGCUGCAAGUUGCCCAACGAAACCAAGGAUGCAAUAGCCUUCAUCAUGCCCAUUUUGUAUCGCUAUAAGGCAGAGAGCCAAGACUCACAGCAGGACCUGCAGCUGAGCCUCGGUGACAUAAGCUCCACACUGCUCUGGGAGAGAGAGUUCCAAAAACAGGAGGACUUCUCAAUGCCAUGGUAGUCUAAG